AUGGCCACGCUCGACUCCCUAAAGCAGGCCCUAAAGAAGAGGGCAAUGGCAACGGCAACGGCGUCGUCUCCACACCAGCCGUUUUCCAACUCGCAGUACAGCGCGGGCUUUGAUAUCCUAACGCAGGGCUCAGGACGGGCAACGUACCAAGACUUUAUCGUCCCUCGCCUGUCCGAGGUGUUGGCGCCCCUCUUCGACUCACGCAGCCAUAUCUCGGUACUCGAGAUCGGACCCGGCCCCUGGUCUGUGUUAGGUUCUCUGCCUGAUCGUCUGAGACGCAAGAUUAGGAAAUACAGCGCGUUCGAGCCAAACGGCUUGUUUGCGACGCAGUUGGAAGAAUGGCUUGGUCCGCACGUCAUAGCGCCUGAGGCAGAGGCUCCGCUCCCGUGUCUGGGAAGCGCGCCAAAAAUUCAUCGGGUUCCGUUCGUCGCCCGAGACACCAAGGACAGCGAUGGGAGCGGUGCCGUGACGACUACCGACGCAGAUCGUGGUGAUGGCGACGAGAAAUUCGACGCCGUUCUCUUCUGCCACAGCAUGUACGGCAUGAAACCCAAGCACGCAUUCAUCCGAUCGGCGCUGGACAUGCUUGUCGAGCGCGACAACGGCCUGGUCGUGGUCUUCCACCGCCGAGGUCUGGACCACCGCCUCGACGGCCUCGUGUGCCAUCGAGCAGCGUCCUUCCCUGCCGGAACCGUCUCCGUGGCAAACAAGGACGAAGCGCUCGACCGUUUUGCCGCUUUCAUCGCCGGCUUCAACGUGUCAGACGAAACGAUCCGAGCCGAGUGGCGCAACGUAUGCCGCGCUCUGGGCGGCCGCGUCCGCCGCGAGGACGACGCCCACCCCGACGACCAUGUCGUGUUUAGCGCGCCCGAAGCCAUGGCGGCGUUUACGCGACACGCAACCGUGUUGCCAGAACUGACCGUGAAUUUGCCGCUGGCCGACAGGGGCAGGACGGUGAAAAACCACGAGGCUCGCCUGAACCGUGCUGCGGCCAUUGUGAGGCCGACAGAGGUCCGCCACGUGCAGGAGUGCGUCCGCUGGGCGCUGGAGCACGGCGUAGGCCUGACUGUGCUUGGCGGGGGACACAGCGGUCAUUGUCUCUGGCCGAAUGUCGUCGCUGUUGACAUGGGCGCCUUUGACGACGUGUGCGUUCUCGCGGCAACAGCCGGUGGGCAGCAGUCAGAUUCCGAUUAUUGCGGCCCGCUGAUCUUGGCUGGAGCUGGCUGCAAGACGGGCGACGUUGUCGGCAAAGCCAUGGCGGCCGGCCUGACGGUGCCCCUUGGGGCUCGCCCGAGCGUGGGCGCGGGCGUGUGGCUGCAGGGUGGCAUUGGACAUCUGGCCAGGAUGUACGGCCUGGCGUGCGAUUGUAUUGUUGGCGCCGUGGUGGUCAGUGUCGCUUCUGGUGAGGUUCUGUGCGUCGGUUGUGUGCCGAGCGAGCAUCGACCGGCUGGUGCCGUGAGCCUGGGAUUGGAGGAGAGCCAUCUGCUAUGGGCUAUCAAGGGCGCCGCGACAAAUUUUGGCAUUGUCGUCAGUGUUACGUUCAGGGCUUAUGCGGCCCAGACGUAUUCGGUUCGAGACUGGGUCAUCCCGCUGAGUUAUGGGCUCGAGCUGCGACAAAAACUCGCCAGCUUUGGCAAGCUGGCCGCCAGAGACCUGCCCCGGACCUGUUCUGCCGAUGCGUACUUGUACGGAAACAACGACCGGCUAUGUCUAGGUGUGACCAUGUUCGACACGUCGCCGACGGCCAGGGCCAACUCCGGAAUACCCGCGCCCGCGCCCACGCCCGCGCCCAACCCCGUCUCAGAGAUGCUGGGACCGCACGCAAGCCUCGAGACUGUCGACGGCGUCGGUGUUUUCGAGUGCGACAUGUACAUGUCGGGGAUGCACGGUGGGCAUGGCGGCGGCAAGACAUCCUCGUUCAAGCGGUGUUUGUUUCUCAAGGACAUCGGAGAAGCUCCCAUGGCUGAUAUCCUUGUGGCAGCCGUCGAGAGCCGUCCGACCGCACUCUGCUAUCUGCACCUGCUGCAAGGCGGCGGAGCGAUCAGCGACGUGGCGGCAGAUUCCACCGCGUUUGGCUGUCGAGACUGGGACUUUGCCUGUGUAAUCACCGGCGUCUGGCCCCGCGACCAGGAUGGAUCAAAUGCCGCCCUCGCCACCGUGUGCUGGGUUUACGAAGUCGCCACACAGCUGUUGCCCCUGAGCAGCGGAGUCUACGGCGCCGACCUUGGGCCAGACCCCCGAGACGCUCCGCUGGCCGUCGGCGCGUUUGGUCCGAAUAUCCCGCGUCUUUCCCGUCUCAAACCCCGCUUCGACCCACGCGGUGUGCUGGCUUAUGCUUUCCCGCUCUCGAGGCCACCAGACCCAAAGCUCAUAGUCCUCGUCACCGGCGAGAGCGGCGCCGGGAAAGACCAUUGCGCCGACAUUUGGGCCGCCGUCUUAGCCCAGAAAGGCCUCCUGGCACGUGUAGUCAGCAUCAGCGAAGCGACAAAGCGCGAGUACGCCGCAGCCACGGGCGCCGACCUGGACCGUCUGCUGCGGAGCCGCGCUUACAAGGAGCAGCACCGGGCGGCUCUGACGGCGUUUUUCCAGGACCAGGUGAAGCAACGGCCCCGCCUGCCAGAGGAGCAUUUUCUCGAGGUUGUGCACGGCGCCGCAGAUGUCGAUGUGCUGUUGAUAACGGGAAUGAGAGACGACGCGCCGGUCGCGAGCUUCGCGCACCUGGUGCCAGAGAGCAGAUUGUUUGAUGUUUGCGUUGAAGCCAGCCAAGAGACGCGACGAGUUCGCCGGCUGCACCGGGAUAGUGGUGACCAUGGGCAUGGUGGCGGCAACGGCAUGGAACAAAACAAGCCACCAGAUUCGAUAUUCUUGACCUACCGCCCGGACCUCAUAUUCCACAACGACGUGACCGGGAACGAGGCGGCAGUCCAGGAGUUUGCCGAGCGCCAUCUCCUCUCCUUCUUCCACGAGGACCUCCGACGCUUGGCGAGUGUGGUUCGAAAUAUCCCCGGCUUUCCCCGCGAGGACAUGGACUUCCGCCACGUCCUCGGCAUCGCCCAGCAGCCAGGCGGGCUCGCCCUGUGCACGUCUCUGCUGAAAAGCCAGUUUGCGGGUACCUGGGCCGAGGUCGACGUGGUGGCAUGUUGCGAGGCGGGCGGCUUUCUCUUCGCUUCAGCGCUAGCCGCUAUAGUCGACAUCCCCCUAGCGUUAAUCCGCGCGGCCAGCAAGCUUCCCUCGCCCACUUUCAGUGUCAGCAAGACCCCCUCGCAUAUCUCGUCUUUUGCGCCGCCCCGGGGUGAUGCAAAAGAGGAGAGGAUUGAGAUGGAGCGGGAUGUGAUCCCUAAGGGUGCCUCCGUGCUGGUCGUGGAUGAUGUGCUGGCCACGGGCCGAACGCUUUGUGCAGUCCUCCGGCUGCUGGGAGAGGCCGGCGUAGGCGCCGAAAACGUUUGCGUCAUGGUCGUGGCCGAGUUCCCUGUCCACCGUGGCCGGGACUUGUUGCGCUGUGGCGGGUUUGGCAGGGUCAACGUUCAGAGCCUGUUGCAGUUUGGCGGUGCCUAG